AGAAGCAGAAGAGAAGAUUGAAGUUUAGGUUAUUAGGUUAUCUUAAUUAAAGUCUGUUUUAAACUUAUCAAAUCAUAGGCUUAAUUAGAAAAAUUAAAUCUGAUAUCAAAGUGAGGAUUAAUUUUAGUUGUGACUUUCAAAAAUGUAUUUAUUAUUUGCUUCACCUAACACGAAAUAACAUCGAAUUUAUAGGUGCAAAUGUAUUAGGCUCACAAAGACCAGUGGUAACUUUUUGUUAUUGUUUUGGAGUCUAGCAACUUGUCUAGGUCUAGGCCACAAGUAUUUUGAAAGUAGUGUUGUCUUAAAAUGGAAAAUACAAUGAAAAAACCUAUUAUAUCUCCCUUGAAGAGACCUCAAAACAGAAUUAAUUUUGAAAUCCAUGCUAAGAAGCCGAAUUUGGGUGUUGUGCCUUCAAAGUUUUAUAGGCCAAAUAUAUUGCAGACUCGUCAAAUGCUACCUGUUUAUAAGGUUAAAAGAAGGCUGCUGGAAGAAAUAGAUAAACAUCCCACCCUCAUCAUAAUUGGUGAAACUGGGUGUGGCAAAACUACACAGAUUCCACAGUUCAUUCACGAUGUAAAGCUGGAGGGUGACAAAAUGAUAGGAAUAACCCAGCCAAGAAGAGUUGCAGCAAUCACCGUUGCUCAAAGAGUAGCAUUAGAAACUAGUACAUCACUGGGUAAACUUGUCGGCUACACUGUUCGCUUUGAAGACACUACGUCUGACGAGACUAAAAUAAAAUAUCUCACAGACGGAAUGUUGCUUCGUGAAGCGAUGCUGGAUGAAAACCUCACUGCUUACAGCAUAAUCAUAUUGGAUGAAGCCCACGAAAGAACUGUGCAGACUGAUGUGCUUUUUGGGAUUGUGAAAAAAGCUCAGCAAACCAGAUCUUCAGGCAGUUUUCAUCCACUAAAGGUAAUAUUGAUGUCUGCAACAAUGGAUGUGGACCACUUCAGCAAGUAUUUCAAUGAGGCCGUCACAGUGUAUUUGGAGGGCCGAACCUUCCCUGUAACUAUCCACCACGCAGCUCAACCUCAGGACGACUACGCCUUUAGUUGUCUCGUCACCAUAUUCCAGAUCAACAAAACUGCUCCUGUCAAUGAUGAUAUUUUAGUAUUCCUGACUGGCCAAGAGGAAAUAGAAUCACUAGCAACGUCCAUCCGUUCUAUUUGUAAGGAUCCUGACUUCAAAGGCCCGUACAUGAGAGUGUUCCCCCUCUAUGCUUCACUUUCUACAGCGAAACAACUGGACGUGUUUAAGCCUUGUGCUGGUGAGAUGAGGAAAGUGAUUCUCAGCACCAACAUUGCUGAAACCUCCGUCACAAUCAGCGGAGUGCGUUACAUCAUUGACAGUGGAAUGGUGAAAGUCAGGACACAUCAGGCAGGUACCGGAUUGGACGUGUUGAAAGUGCAGCGUAUCUCGCAGGCGCAGGCGUGGCAGAGAGCUGGCCGAGCGGGAAGGGAAGCCCCAGGCGCCUGCUAUAGGGUCUACACACAACAGGAGUUUGAUAUGAUGAUGAAGAACACAACUCCGGAGAUCCAAAGGUGUAAUUUGUCAUCAGUAGUGCUACAGCUGACUGCAAUCAACAUCGAUCCCCUCACGUUCGACUUCCUAGACAGGCCUCCAACUGAGCUGAUAAAGGAAGCCCUCCAUCACCUCGGUCAGCUAGGUGCCGUAGAGAAUGAUCGGCUGACCACCUUGGGUCGCAAGAUGGCUCAGUUUCCGCUAGACCCUGCCUUCAGUAGAGUCCUGCUUGCCGCCAACGACUUCAAAUGCUUAGAUGAAAUGCUGAGUUUGGUAUCAGUUUUGUCAUCAGAAUGUGUGUUUGUAACGUCACCAGCAAAGAAGGAAGAAGCUAAAGCUGCUAGAAUUAAGUUUUUGUCUCCUGAAGGCGAUCACAUCACACUCUUAAACAUCUUCCGAUGUUAUAGAAACAUUCGAGAUCAGAAGAAAUGGUGUUUCGACAACUUCCUGAACGCGCGCAACCUAGAGUACGCGGCGGAGGUGCGCACGCAGCUAGUGGCACUGUGUGAACGUGCAGGGUUUCCUCACUCCAGCUGCGGGCAGAAUCUUGACACGGUGCGCAAGUGUCUCAUCGCUGGAUUGUUUAACAACAUCGCCGAACUGCAGAGGGACAAGCAUUAUAUCACGAUUGGAACCAGACAGCAGGUACAGAUUCAUCCGUCCUCAUCACUGUUCGGCUCAUUGCCUCCGCACGUCUUGUUCACAGAGUUAAUCCAGACAGGCAAAUGCUACAUGCGUAAUGUCUCGGUUAUUUGCCCAGAGUGGCUGCAAGAGGUCAUGCCUUCCUAUGCUCGGCUCCACCCACUGCGACAGCUCGACUAACAGGAACUGCUGUCGAAAUGUGUGGAUCAUCAUUACUAGAGUCUGUUAAAAACAUUGAGUCCUCUCUUGUGUUAAAAUAUUCUUUUUUAUCACUACAAAAAGUGUCUUCUACUUUGGGCUUUCCUUGCUGCAGUAUUGUGAAUGUCAAGUGAAUACCUGCACUUUCCAGGGUACAACCCUUGCUGAAUUUGGCUGGUAGGAAAACAGUUGCACUUGACUUUUAUGUGAAGAGUUGGUGCUGAAAAGGCAGAUAUAUUCCAGCUAGGAAAAUCCGCUUGUAUACUUUUGUUUUAUUUAUCCUUCCAUUUUAAUUAGCUAUAGUUAAUCAUAUAAAGUGGUUUUUAUUUGUUUCCAUUGUUACUGGUACCUGUUGAAUUAUCUUAAUAAGCACCGGUACUCCUUUAACUUUGUAUAGAUGAUUGGGCGUCUGGACAGUAAAUCUUGUUUUGGUGUUAUUGCUUCAACUUCAAAGAAUUUCAGUCAUAAAAGAUACCGGACCGCAAGAAAAAUACUGUUCCUAUCCUCCAACCUGAUACAUAGGUUAAUAAAUUAAAAAUGUAAAUAAUCUGUUAGGUUUGUAUUGCAAGACAAUGUGUAUGAGUGUACAUUGUGUUAUACUUUUGUAUCGAGCUCUUUUGAAUAA